AAGCUAAUUGACUUUACUUUGCCGGCUCUGUUCUCUGCAAAGAGUGCCCGUCCUCUCUCCCAGUCGCCAAAUCGCUACUCACGGAACAACAUCAGGAGAACUCGAAGUCUGUCGAUGCUGGGGACCGCUCUUCCUUGGAGAUCCAUACUCGCAGUGCCCCGAAUGAGGCCAGCUGUGCUGCUGCAGAGGCCGCCAGAGAGGGAAUCCCUCAAAGUCGCCGCUGGAGUGGGCCGGGGAAGUGUGCGCUGCUCAGGACACAUGGACCGUGGUCUGUGGUGUUACCUUUGGAUGGCGCGGCGGUAGGUGGGCCUGGUUGCUCAUGGCUCAGUAUCCCUGGGCUGGCCCGCGCGCCCGCUGCGGACUCCAGACUUGACGGCUUCUGCCCGCGAGAAGGAAGAUGCAUUCUACUGCUGGGCGCCUCGCUGCCUGCACCUCUGGCUCGCGAUGUCCUCAACCUGGGAAAGACGUCGGCGCUUUGCACCCGAGUUGGGCUCCUUGGCACAUUCGAGCAGCUGCUCUGGAGAAACAGCAGGAUCUACGGAAGUUUGUACCCACCGCCUCGCCUGCAGCCUCGGGAGUCUCAAGCCAGCCCGGCCUUGUAGCCCAGAGCAGCAAAGCCACAGCAGGCAACGCGAGCUAACGCGGGUCGCGCGGAGGUCGGGAGCCCAGGCGGCGGAGGCGGCGGCGGCGCAGUUAUUCCCGGGUGACUCUGAGGACUCGUGCAGAUGGGGGACGCCUCCGGCCACGCACUUGGAGCCAGCUGCAGCUCCCAGGAGCCUGGCACUGAUGGAUCGUCUCAUUUCCCAACGUGAUGGGCCGGAACCUGGGAUGGCUGUGCCGGCAGGGAGAGGCAAGACGAAGAAAGUCGUGCAUCCCCUGGGAGGGAGAGGCUGCUUGUCCCUGUCCUGACACCCCACCCCAUGGCUCAGGCUGGAGUCAGAGGGAAUGAGAAGAGUGGGAAGCCAGAGGCUGAGCUUGGCUUCCCAGAAUCUUCCUCCAUCUCAAGAAGUGGAACUCCAACUCCGCUCCAAGGCCUUCCUCCUUAGCUGGGUCUUGGAGAUCACUGAACGGAUCUCAAACCUGGGAUCUUAAAGAAUCCCAAAUCUGGGUGCACCUCAGCAGAAUACGUUCUCCCAGACCAGACUGUCAGGAAAGCCGCAGCUCUCUAGCUGGCCGGGAAACACCACAUGGUUCAGGACAUCUGACAAAGUGCUGUCCAAAAUCCAAAGUGUGGUCCUGAGACCUGUAGCAUCGCUGUCCCUUGGAGACUGCAGGAUUGCAGGCCUCAUCCAGCCCUACUGCAUCGGAACGUGCAUCUGAGAGAUAUCCGAGGACUGUGUACAGUCUGGUUGGAGAAGCCCUUGCCCAAUUUACAGAACCUGAGUUUAGCCAUUGACAACCUGUUCAGCCCUGUUCCUCCCAGCCUCCUCUUCACCACCUGUCAAGUGGGAGCUGUUUUGGAGGUCCUGGGGGGCUCUUAUGCACUCCUGAGUGCAUUCAGACCAAUGGAAUCAGAAUCUCUGGUUUGCUGGAGCCUAGGCAGGAGUGUGUGUUUUGGGUGUCUCCAGGUGAUUUUAAUGGCAGCCAGGAAUGACUAGUGUAGAAAUACCCACUUUACAGAUUAGUUAGAUUAGCUAAGAUAAGGCCUGGGCAAGACAAUAUGUGCAGUGUUAAGCCCACUGCUCUCUGUAGCCUGAUUCAUUCUGUAGCCUGACAUUCUGUAGCCUGAGUCAUUCUGACUCCAGCAAGUAUGGCCUUGAACCAUACUUAAUUAGCCAAGUAUGGCUAAUCAGCUUCGCUGUGCCUCAGUUUCCUUACCCACAAAAUGAAGUUGAUAAUAGUGCCCACCACAAAGGGUGUUUGUGAGGAUUUAGAAUCAAAUGUUUAAAAUCAAAUUCAAUAAAUAUUAGUUUAUGAGGUC